AUGGGGAUAAAUUUCAAGGUCAAGCUAUACAGCGACAGGGCGGGAAGCAGCGGAGGCGGAGACGGAGACGGCGGCGCCGGACCCACAUCGCCGCCUGCGCCAGGCCCCGCGCCGUCGCCCUCCCUCGACCCCGCGCUGGUUUCCACCUCGCCGCUCCCGCUUCAGCCGGCACGGAGGCCGCCGCUGACCCCCAUCGUCAAGUACACGGAUCAAGGACUGGAUGAUGAUGGUUAUGAUGAUUGGCCUGAAGACGAAGAUGAUGAGGGUUGGGAGGUGAUGCAAGAGGAUCAGGAUGAAUUACCAGAUGAGGAGAAAUUCUACAUUUCAUUGUUUAUGAGCACUCAAAAGAAGAAUCUCCCGCAUGAUCUUGUUCGGCAUGACUCGGUGCCGCUCAAUAAAAAUGAAUAUUUUUCUCUGUGGGAAAACUGGAAUCAGCUGCUGGAUGGCAAGAGAACAUACCUCCGACCACCGAAGGACUGCCGUAUUCUCAGUGUCAGUGGUGUUUUCAGGUGUCCGGAUGCUCGUCCAAGGGCAUUAGGAUGCCAGGAACCACUCUUGGAUUUGGUUCAGGAUUAUUCAGAUAAUGACAUUUUCCAGGAAAUUAUCAAGGUUCUUUGUCAGCGCUAUUUGCACUUCAGACGAACUCGCGGAGAUGGCAACUAUUUCUAUAGAGCUUUCUUUUUCUCCUACUUGGAAAAUCUUGGACAAAUGCAAGAUAGUCAAGCUGAAGUUACUCGUCUAAUGGAACAUGUGGCAGUGUCCAGAGAGAAUUUCUGUCGUCUGAAAUGGGACAAAGCAUACUUCUUAAAUCCUGAAGAAUACUUUUCAAGUGUUGUUUCUGAGUUGAAUCGUUUGGUCAAUUCUGUUGCAAAUGGUCUGAGUUCUGACGAGUUGUACAAGAGAAGUCUACAGGAGAUGAUGCCACUCAGGAUCAUUUCUUUGCUAAGAUUGCUGGCAGAGACCGAGAUCCGUACUCGAGAAGCUGAUUACAAAUCAUUUAUCCCUGAAAAGAUGAAUGUCCAUCAGUAUUGCUACAAGGAGGUGCGGCCCCUGGAUGUUAAACCAACGAUGUUGGCAAUGAGGGCUCUAACAUAUGCACUUGGCAUCCCGCUGCGACUCGAAAUUCUAGGCAGAGACUUGAUGGCUGGAGAUUUGCAAGUAAAGCGCCUUGAUUUCUUCCCUCGAUCAGAGACAGGGAAGGGUGCUUUCCAUAUGGCCCAAAGCUACUGGUCCUCAACCUCAACCCCUGAACCACUGGAGCUGGGAAGUGGCAACCUGUUAUCAUCUGAUGGCACACCUUCGCUGACCUUGCUGUGUCGGUCCGAGGACUGCGACAUUCUUUACCGCUAG